ACAAAAAGAUGGUCCUGUCUAAAUAGAUGAAGCAUAUUCAACUUUCAGAUAUUGAAAUAUCUAGAAAAUUUCAACUAAACUGCUCCAACUCAUAUUUUCCCAAGGUUUUUCCACACGGGGGAGAAACUUCAUUCUUUAAAAAACAAAACUAUUCCUUGAAUAAAUAAUCAAAGUUGAUAAACAAACCAAAACUUCAUCCUUAUUCUCCAUUAAACCUCUAAAAAAUCUCCAAAAAAUGAACUUCUCUGUUCACUAUUUACCCUUCUUCAUGAUCAUCAUCUUCACCUUGAUCAUCCAACUACAUAAAUUCGUAGAGGCAGGUGAAUAUGAUGAAUGUAAAAAACCGUUUCUCUGUGGGAAAACCAACAUGAGCUACCCUUUCUACAACGAAGAAAAGGGUCGUCCUAUGUAUUGUGGUCAUCCCGGGUUUGGGGUCAGUUGCGAGGAUAAUAAUUUAUGGCCGGAAAUUUCUGUGAUGACAUCUUCUUCGGAGAAAUUCUAUCUUGUAGAUAUGAAUUUAGCUUCAGAUAUAAUUUCUGUUUCUCCAGAAGUUUUAUUGAGUAAAGAUCUUUGUCCGGAACCACAAGACUUGUAUGAUACAUUUGAUACUACCUUAAAUUUGAGCACUUACAGCUACAUACCAACUGCUGAAAAUGUUACCCUUUACUAUGAGUGUUCUUUUCCUUCUUCACAAUUCUCAUCAUAUAAAAACCAGAUUCUCUGCGGCUUAGAUAGUGGUUCACCCAAUGCCUUUUUUAUGACUCCAAAUUUAAAAUCCCAGCCAGGUUUUCACGAAAUCCCACCAGAUAAAUGCAAAAUGAAUGUAUCCAUCCCAGUGAGCAAGUCUUUAAUUGAUGGUAUCAAAGAUAGAAAGACCUUAUGGAACGCGUUUCAGACUGGUUUCGAGUUGAAAUGGAUUGCUGAGAACAAGAAAUGUGCUGAUUGUCGAAAAUCAAAUGGGGUGUGUGGGUAUGAUGCAACAAGUUUUACUUGCUAUUGUCCUGAUGGACAUCAUGGCCUUACAUGCUAUGUUAAAUCCCUUGCUAAAAGUACAAGUACUUCAACUCUCUUUUUACGGAUUCUUACACUAUGUUUGCGAUAAACUCAGUUUAAUCUUGCAUUUGUUAACCUGUUUAGAAUUUAGAUCCUUGUGAAUUGUUAUGCUAUCAAACUAAUUAUACUUGUUCAACUUUGCUCGACUCAGACACAGUCCACAUCAACAGUAACAAGUUUUACUUGCUAUUGUCCUGAUGAACAUCAUGGCUCUACAUGCUAUGUUAAAUCCCUUGAUGGUAUUAGUCCUCAAACUCUUUUUUACCUAUUAUCAGAACUUCUGAUCAUGAAAUUGUUAGCAACUUUGGUAAUCUGUUUAGGUCCUUGUGAUGCUGUCAAACUGCUUAUACUGUGUUUCUUUCUAGUGUGGUGGCUGCAAAACUUUUAACCAUUGCCUGAUGAACCUUAAUUAAGGCGAUUUUUAUGAGUAUUUUGUUGAGUUUUGGCCAUGGACAUAGGAGGCUGGAGCGCCCUUGAUGGCUCGAUCACUAUGCCUGAACACAUCCCACAUCUAACUAGUCCGUUGAUUUACUCUGAGAUUGACCCACAGAUUAGGCGCAUCUGGAAUUUGAACACGGUUUUUGGGCUAUGCUUUCUGCGUCAACUCCACAAGCUUUUCGAGUCAUUGUAGCUUUAGGCAAAUUUACGUGCUUGCUGUCGAUUUUUCUUCAACUUGUGUUGAAUGAGACCGUCUCACCAUGAAUCGCGCCUAUUUAAUUUGCCCAUUUGUUUAAUUGAUCACUUUAAAACUAUAAGUGAUCAUUUAACACACUCAAUAUACAUGGAUCAACUCAAUAGAGAUGGGGUCUCACCAUGAGACCUAGUGUAGGCUUGUGGCCGGCCCAUUUAAGAUAGGUUGAUUAGCACCAACUAAACUUGAUCUCCUCCAAGAAAUUUGAAGGAAAAAAGAAAAAAGAAAAAAGGCUAAUAAAUUAGUAAGCCUAUGAAGUCAAACAAUGCAACUCUUUGAGUUUUGACCAAGUCUAAGGUAUGUACUACACCCAAGUAUUUCUCUCCUUUUCAACAACCAUUUUGAAAAUAAUCAUAAUAAUAAUCAAACAUGACAAAUAACAUCAAACUUUCAUCCCACUUCUUCAUCUUUCUUCUCCUUCAUUCUGCUGAUAUUGAGAGGUAGUAAUUCUAUCAUAUUACUCUUGGGUCUUUAUAAAGCUCUCAUACAAAAAGUAUAAAAAUCGCAAAAAAAUUAAUUUUCAAAGAUAAGAAAACAUAUAGAUCAAGUUGGGAAAAGACAUGGAAGUAUUCAAGUGCAAAAGUAGAUGAAGUACAAAAAUUCAACUGCUAUCAUAUUCACAUCUCUGCAAUGAGCUGGGGUCUGUUGUAGGCUUUGAUCCGACCCUUUACAAAGACGGAUUGGGCUAGUCGGCUAGACCAAAUUGAAUAAGUCGGACACAAUCCGACUUAUUUUUAUUUGAGCCUGAUCCAACCUUAUUCCACCCAUCAAACUAGAAUUUUCAAAGACUCAUUUAUUUUUAGUUUUGGUCUUAAAAUUCACAUCCUUAGAAAAAACAAACCCUUUCCUUGAACAUUCACAUCAGACCAAUAAAAAACCAAACUUUAAUUUCCCUGAAUCUCCAUUAAUCCCCCUCCAGCCUUUUCUUACAAAUGAACUUAAUCCAAUCAUUUUCCCUCAUUGUGAUCAUCAUCUUCUUCUUCCCCUUCAUCCAACUCCAUAGAUUCAUCGAGGCGAAAGACUAUGAAUCAUGUAAGAAGCCAUUUUUAUGUGGAAAUGUAAGCUUAAGCUACCCUUUCUAUGAUAACCAAAACCGCCCAGAAUCAUGUGGUUAUCCUGGUUUUAAGCUCAAUUGCAGUGUCAAUAAUCAAAACCCAGAAAUUUCAUUAACAACAUCUUCAUGGGAGAAAUUUAAUUUUCUAAAAAUGAAUCAAACUUCACUUACUAUCUCUGUUUCUCGAGACGAUGUCUGGAAUGGUCGCUAUUACUGUCCAUCCACCCUGUUCAAUAACUCUUUAAACUACACACUUUACAGAUACACUCCGACAGUUGAAAUUGUUACCCUUUAUUAUGAUUGUCCGAUUAGAAAAUCUGGUCUUGGUAAUCCAUUUCCAUGUAAGGAUUCUGUUGAUGGGUAUUAUGUAAUCAGUGAUAUAUAUAAUAUCCCACCAAGUUUAUGCAGAGGAAACAUCUUUUUUCCAGUUCAUACAGCAUCAAGGGUAGUGAGUGAAAUGCAGAAAGCAUUUCAAGAUAGUUUUGAGUUAGAAUUAGUUGCAGAGAAUGGAUUGUGUGAUGGUUGCCGUAAAUCAGGUGGAGUGUGUGGGUAUAAUACUACUAAGGGAGAAUUUACUUGCUAUUGCUCUGAUGAUCAACCUCAUGAUUUCAGAUGCAAGUCAAAUAAUGCAAAAGGAAUGGUGAUAGGACUAGUUGUUGGAGGGAUAGUUCUAGCUGCAGUUGCUCUUGUGUGCCUUAUAUUUUUUGUACGAAGGAAAAGGCGAUCUGUCGCCAAGGCUCAAUCAAAAGCAAUCGUGUCGAGUUAUCCAAGCAAUGGAAAUCCUUCGAGCAACGAAUUUCGAUCGAGCCAAGAGUACACUACAAGCCCAUCAACCUACCUGUCUCCAAGCAUUCCCUCUUAUCCUUCCUCAAAGUCUGAUUUUGAAAAUUCUGCCAACUACUUGGGUGUCCCUCUCUUCAGCUAUGAUGAGCUUGAAGAAGCCACUGAGAAUUUUCAUGAGCGUCGCGAGUUAGGAGAUGGUGGAUUUGGUACUGUCUAUUAUGGUAAUCUCAAUGAUGGACGCUUAGUUGCAGUGAAACGCUUAUAUGAGAAUAGUUGUAGACAUAUGGGACAGUUCAUGAAUGAAAUCCGCAUUCUAGCUACCUUAAGGCACAAAAACCUGGUAACCCUUUAUGGAUGCACUUCAAGAAGAAGCAGAGAACUCCUCUUAGUUUACGAGUAUGUCUCUAAUGGCACAGUCGCUGAUCAUCUUCAUGGAAAACGUGCACAACCUUUCGGUCUCCCUUGGUCUACACGACUCAGCAUCGCUGUCGAGACAGCAGACGCCUUGUCGUUCCUGCACGAAAAAAAUGUCAUUCACCGUGAUGUCAAGACUACAAACAUUCUCUUGGAGAAAACAUUCCAAGUUAAGGUGGCUGAUUUCGGGUUGUCAAGACUUUUCCCGAAUGAUGUAACACAUGUGUCCACUGCCCCACAAGGGACUCCGGGCUAUGUUGAUCCUGAAUACUACCAAUGCUAUCAGUUAACUGAAAAGAGCGAUGUUUAUAGCUUUGGAGUUGUUCUAGCUGAGUUGAUAUCCUCAAAAAUGGCAGUCGAUAUCACUAGACAUAGACACGAUAUCAAUUUAGCAAAUAUGGUUGUGGAUAGAAUCCAGAAACACGCGUUACAUGAGCUAAUUGAUCCAAAACUUGAUGUGGAAAACGAUGGUCUUGCACAUAAGAUGGUGAAAUUAGUAGCAGAAGUAGCAUUCCAGUGUCUACAGCAGGAUAAAGACGCGCGACCAUCAAUGAAAGAAGUACUCGGAUCAUUGAAAGCGAUACAGAAACAAAUGCAAAACGCGCAAAAACAAGUUGUAGUCGACAUAAACGAAUGUGACGAUGAUGCAGGGCUAUUAAAGAAUGCUCCUCCUCCGCUUUCGCCUGAGACACAGGUUAGUAACAAUAGCUUAAGAUGAUUAGUGACUAAGUAAGGAAUUAGCCUUCCUUUUGUUGUAGAUUUUCAAUUUUUCAGCAAAAGAAAUUGAAGAAAAAGAGGCAUUGUUGUGAUUACUUAUAUGAUUAGUAAAUUAAAUUGGUGUACUUAUGUUAGGGAUGUAUGUAAAUAAGGAGUAGUACAAUGUAAGAGUUCUGCAAAUGUGAGUUUUGACAAUAUAUUUAUACUCUUGAUUCCACUUUUAA